AUGAGUCCCCAAUGGAAUCACUUAGGUAAGAAACCUGUGGGAAUUUUUGAGGGAAAAACUAUAACCCUUCUUGAUCUUCUUCAUCGAAAGCAUAAUGUGAACCUUGCCCUAGUUACAGAGGAUGUGAUGAUCCCGGACUCCUCGAAUCAUUCAGAAUCCAACAUGGAUUCCACUCUAGAGGUUUCUCAGUCAGAGAUCUAUAAAUCUGUUCCUCCUAACCUUUUCUCUAAAGGUGUGAAAUUGGAUUCUGAUCAUGGUAGACCUCCCAUAGUGUCUACAAGAGCUUCCUCGAUAGGGUUCAUCUUAAAGAAGCAUUCUGAAAGUGCUCAAAAUGACCAGCUCAUUCAAAUGUCUCUUCCCAAAUGGAAACAUUCUGGUCGAGAAACAAGAAGCCAAAGUUUGAAUGAUCUUGAUAAUUAUGCUAUUCUCGAUGUUACAGGCUCUAAACGUAACUUGAAAGGCCCUAUAAUCACCGUCUUCCACGAAUGUCUAAUCGAACCAGAUAGAAAAAUGAAACAUGUGGAAAGCGAGGCAGAGGCAUCCCAAUUGGCCAAAUCAGGAUCGGAGGAUGCUGCUAAGAAUCCCCCUAAAACCCCCUUUUAG